AUGUCUUACCAAGAGCAACAGUGCAAGCAGCCCUGCCAACCACCUCCUCCCUGCCUUCCACCCAGGUGCCCAGAACCUUGCCUACCUCCUCAGUGCCCUGAACCAUGUUCACCUCCAAGGUGCCCUGAGCCAUGUCCACCUGGUCCCUACCCACCUGUGCAAUGCCCUCCUCCAAUAUGCCAGCAGAAGUAUCCACCCAAGAGCAAGUAA